GGAGAAGGAACGGAAGAAACAACGAGAAAGAGGAGGGCGAAUCGAUGGGAUUUGCUCGUUCUCUUGCUACUGUCUUUCUGUGGCGAUUCUGCGGCCUCUGCUGCAGCGUGCUAUCGCCCACGCCAGCGCAGCGGGGCUCAGAGGGGUGAGCGCGGCCGCGCCUGCUGGAUGCCGAAUGGUCCACGCCGCCCCCUCGCCCGCGGGCGCGCGGGCGCUGGCGCCCGCAGGCCUGCGGCGCGAUGGCGCUUCGCAGGCGCUGCUGUCGCCGGUGCUCAGGAGCCGCGCCAGCGCGGGCGGCGGUGCCCACGGCGGGGGCGGCCCCAGCGCCGCGGCGCCGGGAGCGGCGGUGGCCGUCAUCACCUCGUCGAGGCGACGUGGCCCGUUCCACCAGCCGGCGCACUCCCAGCGGGGCGGCCUGCUCUCGAGGGGGGCGCACCAGGAGGUCGAGGUGGACGUUCUCUCGCUGGCGUCCGCCGAGGCGCUGCUGCAGCGGUCCGAGGCGGGGUCUGUGCUGCUGUUUGUGAACCGCGCAACCUGCGACAGUGACCCAGGUGGCCGGCGGCACCACUUGUACAUCUCGUUCAAGUACCGGCGCACGAUCGCUCACCACGAGUGCUUCUGGGUCAACCUGCGCGCGGCGGCCCGGGAGCCUCGGCGGCUGGCGCUCCUGGCCGAGCGGGCGCACCUGCAGGCCGCCUGCGAGCUGCAGCUGCGCUUCGCCCCGGCCCUGCGGAGCUGGCUCGGGGCGGCGGUGCAGGC